CCUCUGAUUGGGCGAGAUACCGGAAAACAUUUAAUUAACAGGACGCGUUUGUUCUCUAACCAUGUGAAAGGCACCAUGAGCCUAUUAGUGUAGUCGUCUUUUCUAAUCAUGUGAAGGCACCAUGUGCAUAUUCGUGUAAUUAUUACAUGCAUGCUUUUAAUUUUAGAACUGUAGAGUUCACAACCUAGGAUAUGGCUUCUUUUUUCGGACGAGCAUAGCAGCGAAGCUGGGCAGGACACUGCAUCAGUCUGAUGACCUCUUCAUACCGGCUCUUUCGGCUGUCCCAGUCUUUAAGAAACAGCAGACUGCUGACUUGAGGCUAUCAAUUAGCAUUUUAAGAACGAAUGGGGCUUUACCAGCAAGUGGGGACAUCCAGAUGCAAACAGAACACUUGGCUAAGCAGUUAAAGCGAGACAGCUUGGUGGAGGAUAUAGCGAUAGGAAGUGCUGUAAUCAACUUCACAAUUAACCGCAAACUUCUUGCUCAGAAAAUACUGGAACCGUUAGGAACGGGACACCACGGCAAAAUUGAGCUUCACAGUGAACUUUUUAAUUCUCUUAAGAAGGGAACGACAUUAGUAGAGUACAGCUCUCCAAACAUUGCCAAAAAGUUCCACGCAGGACACUUGCGAUCUACAAUUAUAGGGAACUUCAUUGCCAACUUGAAGGAGUCUCUUGGGAACAAAGUUAUUCGAAUGAACUACCUUGUAGACUGGGGAAUGCAGUUUGGUUUGCUGGGAGCUGGAUUCAGCCAGUUUGGCAGCAAGGAGCAAUUAAAAGAAAAUCCUUUACAGCAUUUAUUCGAGGUAUAUGUAAAGGUCAACAAAGAAGCAGAGCACAACGAGGAAACCAUGCUGGCGGCCAGGGACUUCUAUCGGCAGCUGGAGCAGAACGAGACUCGCGCCGUGUCACUAUGGCAACAGUUCAGGGACAUCACUGUGAGCGAGUAUCAGCAUGUUUACCAGCGGUUAGGGGUCCACUUUGAUGUCUACUCGGGGGAGUCCUUUCACCAGGAGAGAGUCCAGGAGGUGGUACGGCAGUUGCAGAACAGAGGCCUGUUAAAGACCACAGAGAAGGGGACCGGCAUAGUGGAUCUCUCAGUCGGAGACCUGAGCAACGUGUGUACUGUCCUUCGCAGCGACGGCACAAGCCUCUACAUCACCAGGGACAUUGCAGCAGCCAUUGACCGGGAAGAAAAGUACCAUUUUGAUGAGAUGAUUUAUGUGACAGAUAAAAGUCAAACACAUCACUUUCAGCAGUUGUUCCAGAUCUUGCAAGUGAUGGGACAUUCCUGGGCUGACAGGUGUCAUCAUGUGCCCUUCGGCCUGGUGAAGGGCAUGAAGACCCGGACCGGAGAGGUGGUCUUCUUAGAGGACAUUCUGGACGAGGCUCGUGCCAGAAUGUUGAACAAUAUGAGCCAUUCAAAAAUGACAAAGGAAAUGGACGAUCCGGAAGACACCGCGCAGAAAGUGGGAAUUAGUGCGUUAAUAGUCCAGGAUUUCAAAGGUCCACUGCAGGGGGACUACAAGUUUGACUGGGACAAGAUGCUGCAGGCUCAGGGAGACACGGGCGUUUUCCUCCAGUACACGCAUGCACGCCUCUGCAGUUUAAUACGCAUGAAUGACGACAUCGACGCCGCGACAUUCGACGCGUCGCUUCUAAGCGAGCAGUCGGGCGUCUCCGUUCUUCAGCAUCUCCUCCGCUAUGAUGAGGUGUUGUACCAGUCGGCGCAGCAUCUGCAACCCAAACACUUACUCAACUUCCUGUUGAAGCUGUGCCACCUGACCGCCUCGGCACACAGAGACCUGCCAGUCAAAGGGAGCCCGCAGCAGGUCGCUCAGGCAAGGAAGAGACUAUUCAGCGGGACCUGCUCAGUACUAGCCAACGGGAUGAGAAUCCUUGGCAUCAUCCCAGUGGAUAAGAUGUAAACAUUCAACUUAAUCGCACACUCCAAUUUGGCAUUUUACUGACACAAAAUAGAAAACACAGGUGAUGACAUCUCCACUGUGUGAUGUGCUCUUGUCAUUUCAAGUAUGAAAACAAUUCUGUACAUUCAUAAUCAAGUGGUACACAAGUUGGAGGGGGGAAAAACAUCGAAAUCAAUGACAGGUGCAGUUGUUGGUCCUUAUGUUUUUCUAACAGUGCGACCUCUGACAUUUUAACAAAUGAUAAGCUAUGUACACAAGUUUUCAGUUUAUGACCCCGCCCCCAAAAAAUCACUUUGCAUUGCUUCACUUACCCUUUGCACAGACAGAAUCCACAUAAUGGGAUUCUUAUAGAAUGAUUAAAAGAAAAACACAAAGAAAAUAGUUUAUUGGCUCGGGUGGUGGCAGGACUUCUCCUCCUCAGUCCAUGUGGAAGAGGGACCCGAUAGUGAGUGGGCCAAGUCACACAGUAACCAGAUUCUGUUUGGACUCUCCGUUGGCCUGUUCCUGUCUGAGUGUGGACGUGUCCUGCUUUGGAAGGCCGUACAAAUAGAUGGACAGGCACACCAGGGUGGCACCCAACAUGAAUGUGGUUGCUGUUGGAGAAGCCAGAACAUCAGGAAGUUAAAUUCAACAGCCUAAACACACUGUACAUAUUGACAAUGAUCAAAAAAGUACCUCGAUUAUUUCCUAAUGGUCAGACUUAGGGCUUUUAUUUUGUUGCAUAAUUUUGGGGAGUGGUUCUAAUGUUCCUAUGUUGAAUCUGUAUUGUAUUUGCAUUUUGAAUUCAACAGCUGAAAGAAAUGAACUUUUGUAACCCUCAA